AGUGGUCGACUUUGUGAAUUUGCAGUCCUACGACUUUCACUCUUAUCGAGCCGACCGCCCGUACACUGGUCACCACUCGCCGCUCUAUCCGCGCUCCACCGAUCAGGCGUACUUUAGCACCCUUAAUGUCGCCUGGGCGGCGACGUACUGGGCCAACAGCGGCAUGCCGCUGCGCAAGAUCAUGGUGGGCGUGCCGACGUACGCCCGCACCUACAACCUGGUGGUGCCCAUCGGGCAGAACCAGAUGAACGCGCCGGCGAGUGGGCCCGGCCUGGGCCGUGGCAAGCUGAACUACUCCUCGGUGUGCGCCUUUCUGCGGCUGCCGGGCGCGGCGAAGCAGUUUGACGUGUACAGUCAGGUGCCGUACGCCUACCGGGCCUAUGACUGGGUCGCCUACGAGAAUGAGAUGUCGGUGGCCAUUAAGGCGCAGUGGGUGGUCAAGACGGGCAUGGGCGGCGUGGUCACUUUUGCGCUCAACUUUGAUGAUGCAGGUGGUGAGUGGAAGUGA